AUGGCUGCUUAUAUGCCGCGUCAUCCUCGGGGUCCUAGACCACUUCCAAGGACCUCACCACUCCCAACGUCGGGCAGCGGAUUUCGUCAUCGUGGGCGUGCAAUCGAGGAUGUCGAUAUCAUAUGGGACCUUGAUCUCUACUUGGGCAGAGAAAUGGAACUCUCUUUCAGCGCUUGGUUUCGUCAGGUAGCCGCUAGCGUCAACCAGACGAGCGAGGGCCUUCGAUUAGCCAAACAAUCGUCUAUCAGUGCACUACUUAUGGCGAGCGAUUACCGUUUCAAUCUUCGUAAUCUCGAGGACCGGUGGUAUGCUUUCUGGUUGUCCGAAGCACAAAGACUCGUCAAUAGUAUCGACCCUGGACGGUUCUGCAUUCUUCCUCAGUUCAAUCUUUGGCGACAGAAUAAGGCACACAAGGGCUACGAGGAGAAGGAGGUGAAGCAAGAUGGAUCGUCCAGUCCUAUGUUACCCCUCGAAAUUUCAUCGUGGAUACGCAGUUUCACGGAAACUGGGCGAGAUGUGUCGAAUCAAUGGACUGAGCAGGGCGACUAUGUUUAUUGGGAGGAUCCGACCUCUGCGCUGGUGACAGUCGAUGAAUCUAUCCCCCAAGGUGAGGUGGCCGGCUCGACGCACCGUGCUGAUACUUUUCCGCAAGCUGGUCGCCCUCGGCGUCAAGAUCGUUCCCAUGCUUGGGAUACCAGCAUUCAAUCUAACGCCACUGCUAAGAUCAGUCAAGAUGAUAUGGAAUCCCAGGUUGUGGACUUCGCCAUUGGGUUUCUGGAAGGGCUCAGAUGCCUCAUAAGGCCGGACGAGAACUACCACGAACAGUUGACGGGGAUGCCGGACGUCGAUCGGGUCCCCCGUCUCCUCUCCCAUCAUUGGACUGCAGAUAGAGAGUGGAUUCCUAUGAUCAUCGAGGACAAGCGACUCCCACAGCGUGCAAGACUUUACAGGAGUGGACUGACCACGCAAGGCCAGGUCAAGGACGUCCUCGACUUGGGCAUGCGCGAGGCGAAGAAACAAGCUAAGAAGCAGGCUGGCUAUUUCUUCACCGGCAGACGUUGGAACUUGGAGGCAUCAAGACACUCUCCUCAUGAUGGCGACAGUGGGCGAUUGGUGGUCGUUCACCGUCGCGAAGGUGACACAGGAGUUCCCGUUCUAUCAGAGGGUGAAUCACCUCAGAGAUCAUCAUUUCAAUCGUACCUAGUUGCUUUAGACUCCAUUCCUAUAGUUCAUGCACAAGUUCGUUCCGUCGUACUACGCCUGAUAACUUUAGUCGCUGCUCGCCGUGGUGAUAAUCCCGACAAAAUUUGUACCAGGGUGGGCGCUCUACGAAUGACUAGGAACUUAGUCACCUUCUCGUACUUCUUCGCGUCGGCUUUUACUGUCUUCUGGGUCAAGUUCUGA